AUGCGAACUUUGCUCUCGGACCUGUCACCGGCAAGCAACGACCCAAAUUUGGUCUUCACGAGUCCCUUGUCGGCCUUUGAUAGACGUCAGACUCGAGGCGAUACUCGGAGUCCUUCACUUCUACUCUGCGCAGAAAAGACGCGUCAAGGCAACAUCCAACCCGAGUUCUCUUCUCCCGGCACUAGCUCGUGUCGCCAAGGUGAGCUGGCCCCUAAAUCUGACCGCUAUUCUGUCGCCUUGACUCCAAUCCCACCGCACUGCCCCGUGCUCCUCUGCCCGGUCGGCCGAGCCACUGCAUUGGCUGGAGCAACUGACGGCGAGUCCCUCUGCCUCGGACGUCACACCUGGUGGCCUAGGCCAGGGGGGUGUGGCCGCCCGGGCCUAUGA